GGGGUACCAUUUUUUCGACUUCGUUCUUCAGGUUCUGAAAUACGUAAAGAAAGUUCACCCUAUGUAUUCUAAUUUAUUGUAACAAGUCUGCUCUAUGUGCUCGCCAGAGACGUUGGAGAAGUUUCACAAAUUUCUUAACACCGAGGAGGCGACCCAAAUCUGCAGCCAGUUCCACACCGAUAUAUGGCAGUCUGGAUGUCAGGUCAUGUGGUAUGAGGAAUACAAGCCUGGGUAUUGGAAACGUGUUCCUAUUCAGGAUUAUCCUCUCGGGUUGCACGUUUCUUCCAAGUUCAGUUCCGAAGGAGAAAGCAUUAACAAUUUGGUAAUGAUAGCAGUCGAAGUACAAAAGCUUCCCCGAGUUAGAUCAGGAGAUAGACUAAGCUAUCAGUUUUACUAAAAUUUCUCGUGUGUUGCCAUGACAAGUUGCAAUAGCGUAACUAGGUGAUCAAGAAAACCGUUGAUUCUCAGGAGCGAACACUCAAACAAGACUUUAACGGCAGGUUAGUC